AUGUGGUUUCUCUUUGCCGCUGCGCCCUACGCAGCUGGGCUUGUUUUCUUCCUCUUUGUAUACUUCCUUGCAGUUCCUUAUAUUGAAUACCUUCAAGAUCCCAAGGGUCUAAGAAAAUACCCUAACCUCUCUCCCUUCUCCGGAUUCUCAGCAAUUCCAUUCAUGCUGCUCGCCGGUCGCGGAUUUCGAUCAAUGGAAUUGAUGGAGUUGCACAAAAAGAACCCAGUCAUCCGGACAGGGCCUAACCAACUAUCCUACGGUGACGUUCGCGCCAUCAAGGACAUCUAUGGCCACAACACCAAGUGUACAAAAGACCCCUCCUACGUCAUCACAGCUGGAACCCAUUACAACCUAGCAGAUGUCGUCGACAAGCCAGACCACGCUCGCAAGCGCAAGGUCCUGUCCUCUGCCUAUGCCCUGAAGAACCUCGAGACCUGGGAAUACAAAGUGACAGACAAGGUUCAGCGGAUGUUCAAGCACUUCGAUGAAGUCUGCACUGCACCUGCCUCAGAGGACGUCGCAUCAGGCAAAGUCGCACCAGCCAACAAAGACCUUACACUGAACUUCCGAGCCUGGGCCAACUUCUUCACCCUCGACGCCAUCGCCGACAUCGGUUUAUCAGAGAAACUUGGCUUCCUAGACCAAGGCUCAGACAUGUGCGUCGCAGAACGCAAGGACGGUUCCACAUACGAGACCAGCCUCCGCGACGCCCUCUACCCAACCGCCCGCAAGCAAUCUUACAUCUUGUGGGACUACGGCUGGUACCCAUUGCUCAACAAGCUAGUCAACAUAAUCCCAUUCUUCGGACGAAUGCAAACUUCAGCAGACAACUGGGAAAACAUCAUGUGGCGCCGCGGCAGCGAGAGACUACGCCGGUACGAAGCCGGCGAAAAGUUGGAAGACUUCUUCCAGGCGUUGAUGGAAGACAAGAAUGGAAGUCCCAACAACCUCGAAUGGGGCGAAGUCGUUGCCGAGUGCAACAUCAUGAUGAAUGCUGGUAGCGUUACCACUGCCAUCGCCAUCUCCAAUGUGUUGUACCAGCUCAUUCGCAACCCCGAGACACUAGCCAAACUCCGCGAGGAACUCGAUGCGAUCCUGGACGAAGAUGAGAUCGUCGUGGACUAUGAUAAGGUCAAGCACCUGCCCUACCUGCGCGCUUGUCUCGAUGAAUCCCUUCGCAUCUUCCCUCCUACCUCUCACGGUCUUCCUCGCGCGACACCGGCCGAGGGUACCAAUAUUCUUGGCGAGUGGGUUGCCGGUGAUACAUCCGUUAGCAUGUCUGCCUUGGUGGCACACCGCGACGAGGGCGUCUUUCCCAAUGCCGACCAGUACAUUCCCGAGCGGUGGUUGGGUGAAGAAGGUAAGGCAUUGCAGCCCUACCUGGUUGCAUUCUCUGCUGGUGCGCGUUCCUGCAUUGGUCGCAAUAUCUCCUACCUCGAGCAGACGAAGGCUAUUGCUUCCAUUGUACAUCGAUAUGACUUCGCGCUGGCCUACCCUGGUUGGGAGUUGCAGAGGGAGGAGACUAUGAAUUUGAUUCUGGGCGAUAUGCCUGUCAAAAUCUGGCGGAGGGAUAUGGAGGCUACUGAAGCAUAG